UUUAUAGCAGUGCACUCUGCCAACAGCAGCAAUAACAGCAGCGCGCAACCAGUGCUUAAGCACUUGACAAAGUUCAAAUACUUUUAUUUGUUUGGCAAACAGUUGUAUUUUGAAAUUGAUAGUGUUGUUUUUUGAAUUAAGCGGCACUUUGUGUGAAAACUGUAAAAGCGCGGAAAGACUAGUGGUUGGCAGCAAAAGUUGUGAAUAAAGUUAUUUGGAGAAGACAAACGCUUUGAAACACAAGUGUUGGAAAAACAAAUAAAACUGUGUGAAGUUUGCGAAUUUCAAGUGUAACAGACGCUAUUCGAGUGACACUCAGCAAGUUUUACGACACACACACACACACACACACAAGGCUCCAGUCUUGCCAAGCAAAAGAAACCACAAAAACAACCACAAUGAUGUCAAAUAAGCUAUUCUGCUCCUAUUUGGCUUUCAUCGCAGUUUGCUGGGCGCUGUGUCUGUCGACGUCGGAGGCCGCGCCAUUUCCCAGGUAUCAAAACAAUGGCUACUACAAUGAGCUGGAGGAGGUGCCCGAUGACAUUUUAAUGGAGCUGAUGGCCCGUUUCGGCCAAACGAUUAUGAGAGCACGCAAUGAUCUGGAAAACUCUAAACGCACUGUGGACUUUGGUUUGGCGCGUGGCUAUUCGGGCACACAAGAAGCGAAACAUCGCAUGGGUCUGGCAGCUGCCAAUUUCCCUGGCGGUCCAGGUAGGAGGCGACGUGCUGAAACUGAUGACUAAAGUGUUGGCAAGUCCAACACAACAACUAAAGAAUACAAACCUGAUUUACUGAUUUGAAAAAUUUUUGAAUUUAUGCCGGAUUUAUUAGUGAACUCUAGACGAAUUUGUUGAACCAUUAAAUGCAUACAAAAAAAAAACACAAACUUGUGCUACAGAAACUGUUGAAAACUAAAGUGAAUAUUUUUUAUUAACCUACUUAUGUAUACUAUAUCUAUGUAUUUUUAGUACAAAAACAAAAAAAACCAAAAAUACGUAUUUAUUUACAAUCUACACAGGCAUGUAUUUAUAUACAUACAUAUACAAAUGUAUGAUAACGAAGACAAAUGUGAACAGUAUUUAACUUCAAUUUACUAUGCUUACAAGCAACAAAACUUAAUAAAAAUAUAUGCAAAUGAAAA